AUGCUCGAAAAAAAUGCUCUCAUGGUGACUAUGCUAGGUUCGCUUGCACUUAGAAGAUUCACUGUGAUUAUGACUUUUGAUGAGAGAAAUUUAGUAAACAAACAACGAUUAGAAGAUCGACGUUUAGCAAAUAAAGAACGUAAUCAAAAUUCGAAUAUUUCUCAUGGUCCUAUUUUUCAUAGUUCAUUUCAACAAACUCAAGUGCACAAUAUUAUAGUAGAUCAAUGUGGAUUUAUUUCUGUUCAUAUAUAUAAAACUAAGUUAAGUAAUUCUCGUAUUUUUGAUGGUCAUUUAUCACCGAGUAAUUUAUUAAAUACUGAUGCUAUUGAAAAUACCCUAUUGCCUAAUGGUACAAAUGCUCAUGAUAUUCCUUUAAUUCGAAAUGGAAAUGCUGAUUAA